ACCUUCCAUAUUUCACGAUGGCUUCUCUCUUUGCUGAUGUAGAGGUUGCUCCUGCAAUUGAAGUAUUUGCGCUUACUGCCAAAUACAACGAAGAUACGUUUGGCGAAAAAGUAAACUUAGGUGUUGGAGCAUAUAGAACAGAUGAUGGAAAACCCUGGGUUCUGCCAGUUGUCAGAAAUGCAGAGUCACAGAUGGCAGCAGAUCUGACUCUUAAUCAUGAAUAUUUACCUGUUGCUGGGUUACCAGCUUAUCGGGAAGCUGCAAUCAGACUGUUACUAGGUGAUGGACAUACAGUAGUUGUUGAAAAUAAGGUUGAAGGUGUACAGACACUUGGUGGAACUGGGGCACUUCGACUUGCAGCAGAAUUUUUAAAACAAAUGUUGAAAAAGGAUGUUGUUUAUGUGUCAAAUCCAACUUGGGGCAAUCACAGAGGUAUAUUUAAAGCUGCUGGGUAUUCACAGAUAAAAGAGUAUAGAUAUUGGGAUGCAGCUAACAGAUCACUAGAUUUAAAAGGAAUGUUAGAGGAUUUAAAAAAUUCUCCAGAUAAUUCAGUUGUGAUUCUUCAUACGUGUGCUCAUAAUCCGACCGGAACAGAUCCCACAGAAGAUCAAUGGAAACAGAUAAUAGAUGUUUGUGAGGAAAGAAAAAUGUUUUUAUUAAUGGACUGUGCUUACCAAGGGUUUGCCAGUGGUGAUUUAGACAAAGAUGCCUUUGCUGUUAGAUAUAUAGCUAGUCGUGGAAUAGAGUUUUUUGUUGCUCAGUCUUUUUCUAAAAACUUUGGACUUUACAAUGAACGUACAGGAAAUUUAUCUAUAAUAACCAACAGUUCUGAUAUGAAAUUACGUGUUCGUACACAGUGUGAAUUAAUUGUUAGGAAAAUGUGGUCAAAUCCUUCUAACCAUGGAGCAAGAGUUGUGGCCACAGUUUUGAAUAACCCUGCUCUUUAUGAUGAAUGGAAACAACAAGUAUUGAUAAUGGCAAACAGAAUUAAAUUAAUGAGACAACUUCUAUAUGAAAAGUUGCGAUCAUUAGGCACACCAGGAACUUGGGAACAUGUUAUUAAACAAAUUGGAAUGUUUAGUUUUACUGGUCUUUCACUUCGUCAAGUCGAGAAUAUGAUGAACAAACAUCAUAUUUAUCUGUUAAAAGAGGGAAGAAUCAACAUGUGUGCAUUAACAACUAAGAAUGUUGAAUAUGUAGCUAAUGCGAUACACGAUUCAGUUAUAUCUUUUCCUGAUGACUCAAAGCUAUAAAUUACACUGUGUUUUUGUAGUAUGCAAUGUAUAGUUCAAAAAUCGAUUUUUAUCCUUGAUAAGGUUUUUUAUUUUUAAUUGAUUCUUCCAUAUUCCUGUUUAUCUGUUUAUAUUUGAACUUAUGAAACAGUAAAAGCCUAGUCUUUAAAGUAUGUUGUAUGAUUUUGGACCUUUGAUUUUUAUUUCUAAACACAAAAACAAAAUAGAUCCCUCUACAAAAUAUUUAGGUGAUCUAUGCUGCUUAAUAAAAUCAAUUAUGCACAUUAACAGCUGAACAGUUAUUAAAGGAUCUAGUUACCCUUAUUGAAACAUUAAAAGUGACAUUAUUUUCAUUGACUUCAAAUCUCUUUGAUGUGGGUCAAAAAUGAAACUGUCGAUUUGAUUUGUGUUGUUGGAUGAUGGACUAUCAGCUAUCAAAUUUUUAUGUUUAUAAAUAUAUGUAACUAGUCUGCGAUAUACCAAUUUUGUGUUCAAUGAUUGAUACAGUAUGCCAAAAAAUGGAUUAAAAUUAUUAAACAAGCUAACUUCCACUUUAUAUUUCAAAACAAAAAUUUUAUUGUCACCGAUUGAAGCAAUACAUCAGAUCAGUCCAAUUUGACAAUUUAUUUGGCACAAUAUAGCUUGGUUGGAGCUGAUGUGCGACAAAAAAUCAUUUCGUUGACACUUUACUUUGCCCUAAAUCAGGGAGAUGCAGCUCCUUUAAUGAGAACAAGUACAAUGAGAAAGUGUAUUUUGAUAAUAUGGUACUUUUAGAAAUCUAUGGUCCAAAGCACAUUACUUAAUUUGAGACGCAAAUGAAUUAUGAGUAGUAUUAUUUACAUAACUCCACAUUUUAAUUUUUAUUAUUUAUAAUGUAUGUUACAUACACAAGGCCAUCUAUAUGUAUAAAAUAUUUGUUUUAGUUUUUAGACCAAAAUUGUUAUCUGAACUCCAGUUUUAUAUGUGAAUUUUGUUAUGAUUUUUGUUAUAUUAUAAUGAUGUUUUCAACACAUUUGUUUAUAGAAGGUAUAGGGUCAGCUGCACUGGUAUAUAUUUUCAUACCCUAGAAAGCCAAAUUUGAAUUUUGUUUGUUUUAUAGUAGAUUUCUGUUACAUUGUUUGUUUGAUUUUAUUGAUAUGUGUAUUUCAGUUUCGAUGGCCAAAUCAUUACAAGGCCAUAUAAAAAAAUAUUCUGGUUCUUAGAUAAUCCUGCAUCACUUAAAAAGGGAUGCAUGACCCACCUGUUUUUAUUUCACAUUAAUUAUUGCACCUAAUAUAUUCCCCUGGUAACAGAAAUUAAUCCAGAAAUAUGCCGCACAGGGUAAUCAAAAAUUCCUAUAAAUAUAAUGAGAUAAAUGUCUCGUCUUGAAAUGUGAUGUUUAUGAAAAGUCAUAGAGCCCAGUGCUGAUACUUUGCCAAAAUAAAAACACAAUGAAAACCUCCCUCCCACAUUAGAUUUGUGGUAAGGAUGGUCUGAGAACCAGAAUUUUCUUUUUUGUAUGGCCCAUAUUAAAUCUUUUUUUUUU